UUCCUUAGUUCCGUCCGCGACGCCUCUCGCGCGCUCGCUCGUCCCCGCCCCUUCCAGGAACUGAGGAGUUUCGUCGAAAGAAUGGUUGUCAUCAACCGAUAGAGUUUUGGGCGCGUCCGGAGGGGCGGGGCCAGGUGGCAGAAGGAGCAGCCGCGCUUUCCUUCCCUCACCUCCGAGCAGUGACUCGCCGUGAAACCCGAAAUUUAGGCUUGCGCGGAGAGGGCCUUCCCGGGCAGAGGGGUGCGGCUGGUUUCGCUUCCUCCUCCGCACGUCUUCCUCUUGGGGGCCGGCGUGGACAAUGGCGGCCAUGGGAAUGCCCGACCCGAGCUUCUUGUGGGGAGUUUUUCAGAGGGUCGAUAAGGACCGCAGCGGGGUCAUCUCCGACAGCGAGCUCCAGCAAGCGCUCUCCAACGGUACGUCUCGCCCCGCUUUCUCUCCUGGAGGGCGGCUCUCUCUAUCCUGGUGGCGGGUUUUCUCUCCGAGGCUCUCGUUCUUCUACGGCCUCAUCUGUCGGUACUGCCGUCGACUGUGUGGGGUUUGAAGUGCGUUUUCUGUA